AUGGAUCAAAGCUUCAGUGGUUACUGUGUGAACACCAUUGACAAGUCGAGCUACUCGACUUUAGACUCGGUCGAGGAUCUGGACCUUAGCGACGCGGUUCUCGACUACAUAAACCACGUCUUAAUGGAAGAGGACGCCGACGACAGGGCUUGCGUGCUUCGAGAUUCCCCAGCCCUUCAGGCCGCCGAAAGGUCGCUCUACGAUGUUAUCGGGCAACAGUAUCCUCUUCCCGACCAACCGAGUAUCGAAACUAAUUUGCUCCACAGUCCGGAUUUAGACGAGGACAUUAUUCUCUGUCCUGAUUGGCUUUUCGAUCCCGAUUUCGACUGCUGCCCUAUCGAUUCUGGUAGCCAGUCAUCGUGCAGCUCCUCGAGCAGCAGCGGUGCCACUCGUAUAUCAUCCGGAAUUAACGAAACCGCGGGAGCCGAGAAAUUUAUUCCUCGUGGGAGUAACUUUACUGUUCGAUCUCCCAAUCCGAUAGUUACUGUGGACACAAGAUUCGAGUCACGGGGGAGAAAGAAUCCUUACAGUGACGAGUCCGUGGGGCCGGCAGAGGAGAGGAGCAGCAAGCUGUCCGCUGUCUGUUCCGAGUCGACCGUGAGUCCCGACAUGUUCGACGAGGUGCUCCUCACCAGUCCGAGAAAGAACGAAUUCAAAACUACCAGCAGCAGCAGCAGUAGUGUUAACCACGACGGCCGGCAGCCAAAGGGUAGAAAAAGUCGAGCCAAAAAACGAGGAAGCAACAAGCGGAUCGUGGUUGACCUGAGGAACCUCCUGACCCUGUGUGCACAGUCCAUCGCAGCCGACGACCACACGAGCGCGCGCGAGUUCCUGACUCGGAUCCGGAAGCACUCGACCCCGGCUGGGGAUGGGAUGCAGAGGCUGGCCCACUACUUGGCGGACUGCCUCGAGGCGCGCAUCUCCGGCGGGCCCCGCGUGCGCACCUCUUUCGACAACCUGCCCGCGAUGGCCGCUGCUGCCCUGCGCGCGUACCACCUCUACCUCUCCACCUGCCCCUUCCGGAAGGUCUCCAACUUCUUCGCCAACCGGGCCAUCACGAACGCGUUGGGAGCAGCCACGAGGCUCCACGUCGUUGAUUUCGGGAUAAUGUACGGAUUCCAGUGGCCCUGCUUCCUGGAGAGGCUCUCAGCCCGACGCGGAGGGCCCCCCAGCCUCCGCAUCACCGGCAUCGACCUCCCGUGCCGGGGUUUCCGGCCGUCCGAGAGGGUCGAGGAGACGGGGAGGCGCCUGGCAGGGUACGCCGAGGCCUUCCGGGUCCCGUUCGAGUUCAACGCCAUCGCUCGCAAGUGGGAAACGAUCACGCUCGACGAUCUCAAGAUCGAGGUGGACGAGGUGCUGGUAGUGAACUCUCUCUUCAGGAUGAGGAGCCUGGCGGACGAGACCGUGGUGGAAGAAGAGAGCCCGAGGGAUGCCGUCCUGAACCUCAUCCGGCGGAUGAAUCCCGCGCUUUUCGUGCUCGGGAUCAUGAACGGGGCCCACGGGGGCCCAUUCUUUGCCCCGCGCUUUCGGGAGGCGCUGUUCCAUUACUCGGCGCUGUUCGACAUGCUGGACGUGAACGUGGGCCCGGACGUGCACGAGAGGGUGCUCCUGGAGAGGGGCGUGUUUGGGAGGCAGGCGAUGAAUGUGAUCGCGUGCGAAGGGUCCGAGAGGGUCGAGAGGCCCGAGACGUACAGGAAGUGGCAGGCCAGGAUCAUGCGGGCCGGGUUCGAGCAGUUUCCUCUGGAUCGGGAGAUAAUGGAUAUGGCGAGAGAGAAAGUGGAGUCGUGCUACCACAAGGAUUUUCUGGUAGACGAGGACGGGGACUGGAUGUUGCAAGGGUGGAGGGGGCGUGUCCUGUAUGCGCUCUCAUCAUGGAAGCCCGCGUGUUGA